GCAUAUACAUGAGAAGCCACUCCUUCAAGAACAACAAGAAUAUGGAGAUGGAGAGGCCUAAGCUAAAAGAUGAGCCUCAUCUCUCAGGUGCCUACAUACGUAGUCUUGUCAAGCAAUUGAGCUCCUCCAAGUCCAAAGAUCCUAUGAAUCCAAAGUCUCCAAAGAAAGUGCAUGGAGAUGGGCUUUCUCAAGAUCUUGCCAAACAUAGUGAAUGCCAUGGUGAAGUCCAACAGCAUCAACCAGCACCAUCGCCGCCGUCGCCACCAUCACAAUCUCAGCCACCUAAGAAACAAGUAAGAAGAAGACUCCACACAAGUAGACCUUAUCAAGAAAGACUACUUAAUAUGGCCGAAGCUAGAAGAGAGAUUGUGACUGCACUCAAAUUUCAUAGAGCAUCUAUGAAACAAGCAAAUGAGCAACGGCAACGACAACAGCAACAACAACAGCAGCAACUCCUUACUCCGCCAUCAGCUCUACAAACAUCUCCACCAACCUUAAAGGAGCCUCAUCAAGAGUUGAUUGAUUCCAAGGAAAAUGCUAGAACCUAUCCACCUAAUUACACGUUUCGUGACUAUCUACCUAGCCCGUCUUUCUCACCCUUUGCUUACCCAUCUCCUCUUGCUUGGCCUUAUCCAUCAAUUCCACAGCUAUCCAUUGAUAAUCUCAACCUUCCUCUCCCCAACCAACCCUUGGGCCUAAAUCUCAAUAUUCAAGGUUUUAGUGAUAUUGACACUUCGUUUUACAGCAACCAUAACAAAAAUCUGCCAGUCCAAUUAUCAUCAUCACCACCACCAUCAUCUUCUCAUUCUUAUUCUUACUCUUCCCCUCCUACUGUGCUGGGUCUUAAAUCACCAUCUGUCUCAAAUACGUCCCCAUAUGUUUCCGAGGUUGUAUCAAAUCCUCUUUCUUCGAUAUUGCAUCCGAUGAUGGAUGAUAAAGAGAUUGCAGAGAUCCGUUCGAUUGGAGAACAAUAUGAUAUGGAGUGGAAUGACACGAUGAACUUGGUCACAUCAGCAUGGUGGAGUAAAUUCCUUAAGAACAUGGAAGAAGGCCCCAAUAAGAAGAUGACAGGAGUAGAUGAAGAUGGUUUUCAUGUGUUCGAUGAGGUUUUGGACAUACCAUCUUGGUUGAAUGAUGGCUCUAUGGGAGAUGGCAAGGACAACUAUCUCUUGCAACAACAGAUGGAUGACUACUACCACGCAGAGGACUACUUAAAGGAUAUUACAUUGCCAUGCUUGGAUAUUGGAGAAAUCGAAGGUUGGGAUGCAGAAUGGCUAUCAUAGUGAGACUGCUCAAUUUUGAAAGUGGAUCUUUUCCUCACCAUUAUUGUCUUUUAUCUUCUUCAUCUUCAAUGAAGACAAUAAAGUCUUGCUAAGAUCAAAUAGCAAGCUUUUGAGCCUUAAUACAAUGUAACGAGGAAAGCAAAAAAGACCCUCAUUUUAAUUGAGAAACAUGAAUGACACAUUUUGACUCAA